AUGCUUUCAAGGGCCGCCCGGCCAGCUCUGCGAGCUGGAGCUGCGAUUCCCACUCGCGCUGUCGCCGCUGGUUCCAAUGCCGCCGCUACGUUCGCUACCCUGCGUGAAAUCGAGGGCCGUCUCAAGUCGAUCCGCAACAUCGAGAAGAUCACCAACACGAUGAAGAUCGUCGCCUCGACCAAGCUCAACCGCGCACAGCGAGCCAUGCAGGACUCCCGAAAGUACGGUCAGACCUCCAACGAGGUCUUCGAGUCAGCCGAGACCAAGGCCCUCGAGGGUGAGGACAAGAAGACUCUCCUCGUUGUCUGCAGCUCCGACAAGGGCCUCUGCGGUGGUAUCCACUCCAGCUUGUCCCGUUACAUCCGCCGUCUCUUCGCUGAGAAGCCCAACGCCUACGAGCUGGUCAUCCUCGGCGAGAAGUGCAAGUCCCAGCUGUCGCGUACCAAUGCCAAGGACAUCCAGCUAUCCUUCGCUGGUGUCGGCAAGGAUAUCCCCACCUUCGCGGACGCCCAGGCUAUCGCGGACCAGAUCGUCCAGCUGCCCAACGAGUACGCCGAGGUCAAGAUCAUCUACAACCAGUUCAUCAACGCUCAGAGCUACGAGGCCGCCGCCGUCGAUGCCUUCUCUGAGGAGGCCAUCCGGGAGUCUGCCAACUUCUCGGCCUUUGAGGUUGACGAGGAGCUCCUGCCCAACCUGCGGGAAUACGCUCUUGCCAACUCUAUCUACUGGGGUCUUGCUGAGGGCCACGCCUGCGAGCAGUCUGCCCGACGAAAUGCCAUGGACAAUGCUUCCAAGAACGCCGGCGAGAUGAUCAACAAGUACCAGAUUCUUUUCAACCGUACCCGUCAAGCCGUCAUUACUGGCGAGCUGGUCGAAAUUAUUACUGGUGCCACCGCUUCCGAGGACAUGUAA